AUGGCGUCCGCGUGGUGCCUCUUGGCGCCGGCCGCCGCGCCGGUGGCGGCGCCGGGCGCUCUCGGCGUCUCCGCCUCCGAAUCCAGAGGCGUCUUCGCCGCGCGGGCGGCGGUCCCUGCGAGGACGCGGCGCAGGUGGGACUCGCUCGUGGUGUGCGUGGCCCCCGACGAGGAGAAGAUUACGCGGCGCUCGCCCCUCGAUUUCCCCAUCGAAUGGGAGAAACCUAAGCCUGGGAGGAGACCUGACAUCUUCCCAAAGUUCAGCCCUAUGAAAACACCAUUGCCCCAUCCAUUACCAGCUGAUGAUCCAUUGGAUGAUGAUGAGGAAGAAGAAGAGGAAGAGGCACAACCUCAAGAAGAACCGCAGGAGGAUGAUCCUGACAAGGAGGAUCCUGAGGAAGAUGACCCAGACAAGCCAACUGAGUAA